AUGGCGGCCGGCCGUGAAACUACAUAUCCCAUGAAGCCUCGGAAAAAGCAAGAUGGUGGCCGGCUGCAGACUACCUUUCCCAUGAAGGAUGCAGUGACUUAUGAUGAUGUGCAUGUGAACUUCACUGCAGAAGAGUGGAAUUUUCUGGAUCCUUCCCAGAAGAAACUCUAUAAAGAUGUGAUGCUAGAGACCUACCAAAACCUCACUAUUAUAGGUUACAGUUGGGAAGAUCAUCAUCUUGAAGAGCAACAUCAAAGUUCUAGAAGGCGUGAAAGGCAUGAAAGAAGUCAUACUGGAGAGAAACCACAUGAAUGUAAUCAAUGUGGUAAAGCCUUUUUAUGUCGCAGUGGUCUCCAAUAUCAUAAAAGGACACUUACAGGAGAGAAACCUUAUGAAUGUAACCAAUGUGGUAAAACCUUUACACGACAGUCUCAUCUCCAAAUUCAUAAAAGGACACAUACUGGAGUAAAACCGUAUGAAUGUAAUCUAUGUGGUAAAGCCUUUUCACAAAGCAGUCAUCUCCAAGGACAUAAAAGGACUCAUACUGGAGAAAAACCGUAUGAAUGUAAUCUAUGUGGUAAAGCCUUUUCAGGUCACAAUAGUCUCCAAUAUCAUAAAAGGACACAUACUGGAGAGAAACCUUAUGAAUGUAGUCAAUGUGGUAAAGCCUUUUCAGGUCACAGUAGUCUCCAAUAUCAUAAAACCACACAUACUGGAGAGAAGCCUUAUGAAUGUAAUCAAUGUGGUAAAGCCUUUUCUCGUAAACAUAGUCUCCGAUAUCAUAGAAGGACACAUACUGGAGAGAAACCUUAUGAAUGUAAUCAAUGUGGUAAAGCCUUUUCUGAUAAACGUAGUCUCCCAUAUCAUAGAAGGACACAUACUGGAGAGAAACCUUAUGAAUGUAAACAAUGUGGUAAAGCCUUUUCAUGUCACAGGAGUCUCCGAUAUCAUAAAAGCACACAUACUGGAGAGAAACCUUAUCAGUGUAAUCAAUGUGGUAAAGCCUUUUCACAACCCAGUCAUCUCCAAAGACACAAAAGGAUACAUACUGGAGAGAAACCUUAUGAAUGUAACCAAUGUGGAAAAGCCUUUUCAUGUCACAGUAGUCUUAAAUAUCAUAAAAGGUCACAUACUGGAGAGAAACCUUAUGAAUGUAAUCAAUGUGGUAAAGCCUUUUCAUUUCACAGUAGUCUUAAAUAUCAUAAAAGGACACAUACUGGAGAGAAACCUUAUAAAUGUAGUCAAUGUGGUAAAGCCUUUUCAAAUCAGAGUACUCUCCAAAUACAUAAAAGGACACAUACUGGAGAGAAACCUUAUGAAUGUAACCAAUGUGAUAAAGCCUUUUCAUGUCACAGUAGUCUUAAAUAUCAUAAAAGCACACAUACUGGAGAGAAGCCAUAUGAAUGUAGUCAAUGUGGUAAAGCCUUUUCAGGUCUCGGUAGUCUCCGAUAUCAUAAAAAAACACAUACUGGAGAGAAACCUUAUCAAUGUAAUCAAUGUGGUAAAGCCUUUCCACAUCAGAGUGGUCUCCAAUAUCAUUAUAGAACACAUACUGGAGAGAAACCUUAUCAAUGUAAUCAAUGUGGUAAAGCCUUUCCAUAUCAGAGUGGUCUCCAGUAUCAUUAUACAACACAUACUGGAGAGAAACCUUAUGAAUGUAAUCAAUGUGGUAAAGCCUUUUCAUUUAAAUGUAGUCUCCAAAAACACAAAAAGACACAUACUGGAGAGAAACCUUAUCAAUGUAAUCAAUGUGGUAAAGCCUUUUCAGGUCUCGGUAGUCUCCAAUAUCAUAAAAAAACACAUACUGGAGAGAAACCUUAUCAAUGUAAUCAAUGUGGUAAAGCCUUUCCAUAUCAGAGUGGUCUCCAGUAUCAUUAUAGAACACAUACUGGAGAGAAACCUUAUGAAUGUAAUCAAUGUGGUAAAGCCUUUCCAUAUCAGAGUAGUCUCCAGUAUCAUAUUAGAACACAUACUGGAGAGAAACCUUAUCAAUGUAAUGAAUGUGGUAAAGCCUUUUCAUGUCACAGUGGUCUCCUUCGGAAAUCCCCACAGGGGCCAAGAGACUUCACUGAGGGCCUGAGAGACUCCACUGAGGACCACUACCACCACCUCCUUGGCCAGGACGAGUACCUCUGUCCUGGUGGCAUUGGAGGGCUCCUUCUGACAUCACAGACCGCACAACGCAAUCUGAUUGCCUGCCGCUGGGCCACCACAGACCAGGGAGAUGACCGGAGCUUCCAGGUACCCUGGCGGGCGGGUGGAAGUGGAGGCCCCAGGCUGCCCAUGAGCGAGUGGCGGUGCCUGUGA